AUGGAGCGAUCCCUCGCCCAAAAGGAGGGAUUUAACACGGCCAGCCGUGAAUCCGUCGCCUUCGAGAAGCUCCAGAAAUUUGCCGGAGAAUAUGGCGUCGAGCAGCGAGGUAUCGAGCGCGUCCCCGUCGAGGAGCGGACCGACUCGGGCAUGUCAAAGAUUGGCACCAUGUGGCUUUCGGCUAACAUGGUCAUUUCUUCGUUCGCUAUUGGCGCCGUUGCCAUUGGAAUCUUUGAGCUCGGCUUUGUCGACAGCGCCUUGGUCAUCAUCCUGAUCAACUUCCUGGGCGUCAUUCCCGUCUGCUUCUUCUCGACCUUUGGUCCAAAAUUUGGCCUCCGCCAGAUGGUUCUGUCCCGCUUCUUUUUCGGCUUCCAUGGAGUCAAGCUCAUUCGUCCGCUAACGUAUUCCCCAGUUGCCUUCUUCAACAUAGUUGCCUGUAUCGGAUGGUCGAGUGUCAACGUCAUUGUUGGAGCCCAGCUUUUCAAGACCAUCAACCCGAACAUGCCAGGAUGGGCCGGCAUCCUUCUCAUCGCCCUGUCGACCUUUGUGAUAUCUCUGUUCGGCUACAAGGUCGUGCACGCCUACGAACGCUGGUCGUGGAUUCCUUCCUUCAUCAUCUUCAUGGUGGCUCUGGGCACUUUUGCGCACUCUGGCCGCUUCGACAACCUCUUACCCAUGAACACUGGCCCAGCUGAAACUAGCGCCGUCUUGUCGUUUGCGGCGACUGUCUACGGAUUCGCGACAGGCUGGUGCCCGUAUGCAGCCGACUAUACGGUAUACCAACCAGUCACGCGGUCCCGCACCUCGGCCUUUCUCUGGACGUUUGCCGGCCUCUUUGUGCCGCUGGUCUUCACAGAGCUCCUUGGCGCCGCGAUCAUGACAGCCACAAUUCACGACGAGGCCUAUCUCAACGCAUACCUUGAGUCGGGAAUUGGUGGAAUCCUCGGAGCGGUACUCCUGCCGCCGCUGGGACGCUUUGGUGAGUUCUGCUUGGCCAUACUGGCGCUCUCAAUCAUCGCCAAUAACUGUCCAAACAUCUACUCUGUCUCGCUCUCGCUCCAGGUGUUGGCGAAGGAGACGCAACGCGUGCCUCGGUUCAUCUGGACCUUUCUGGCCACGUGCGUCUACGUCGCCAUUUCCAUUCCAGGCUUUGAUCACUUUGCUCCUUGGCUUGAGAAUUUUAUGGUACUCACGAGCUAUUGGUUGGCCAUCUAUCAAGGUGUCGCCCUACCAGAGCAUUUCAUAUUCAGGCGUGGCUUUGGUGGGUACGUCCCCGAGCACUACGACAACCCAAAGGCUCUCCCCCCGGGGUUUGCGGCCGUCGUGGCGUUUGGAUUCGGUAUCCUAGGCGCUGCCAUGGGAAUGUCGCAGACGUGGUACACGGGCCCGAUUGCGAGGCUGUGUGGCACCAGCGAGUUUGGAGCCGACGUGGGCUUUGAGCUGGGGUUUGCCUUUGCUGCUCUGUCGUUUAUUAUGCUGAGAACGCUGGAGAAGAAGCAUUUUAAGCGUUGA